AAAGUAUUGUCCACAAGCAUCUCAAGUCUAAAUGCAUUAUCGAACCUUGCCUUGGUCACUCACUGGCACUCUCGUUAUUUAACACUGCCUGUAACACACAUGUCAAUUAUCCUUCGUAGAGCUAAUAUUUUUUUGACGGUCUAAAUAAGGCUGUUUUGACGCUAGCUGUAUCGGGGCGAUCGGGAAAACCUUCCCUCCGCGGAUGUCAUCCCUGCAUGAGGCGCAAAUAGGAAGGACGAUGCGAGCUUGAAUCGGCCACGCAGAACUAUCCUCCACGUCCCUUGAUAACCCCAACGCCAACUCUUCAACUCCGACGUCUUCAUCUCACCCCUCUCCUCCCCGCUACUCUCGCUGUGUACGACUCCAGCUGGCCAGUGUGGCCUUCACUCCUAACUCCGCCUUUACCGUAUCCGCGUAGUUGUAUUGACUGCGAAGUAAACCAAUCUUAAACCCGCGUUCCCCUAUUAGUCGGCCCCGACUUGUCCUCCGCUUUACUUCCGGAUUCGCGCAAACGAAUUUACACUUACACAAUGGAUUUCAGCUCCCUAAAGGAUCAGGUCAGCAAUUUAACGCUGUACGAUAUCAAAGCUGGCGUUAGAAAGGUGCAGAAUGCCGUGAUGAAUUAUACCGAGAUGGAGGCGAAGGUUCGAGAAGCUACGAAUAAUGAGCCUUGGGGCGCCUCCUCUACGCUUAUGCAGGAGAUAGCAAACGCAACACAUAGCUAUCAAUUGCUCAACGAAAUUAUGCCCAUGAUAUAUAAACGGUUUACGGAAAAGACUGCAGAGGAGUGGCGGCAAAUUUAUAAAGCCCUUCAACUCCUUGAAUUUCUCGUUAAGAAUGGUUCAGAGCGGGUUAUCGACGAUGCCCGUUCUCACGUUUCCCUCCUCCGGAUGCUCCGUCAAUUUCAUUAUAUUGAUCAGAAUGGAAAAGAUCAAGGUAUAAACGUACGCAACCGAGCUCAAGAGUUGGCAAAACUUUUGAGUGAUGUCGAUGCGAUCCGUGCAGAGAGAAAGAAGGCGAGGGCCAAUCGAAAUAAAUUUGGAGGUAUUGAGGGUGGAAUGGGUUUGAGUUCAUUCGGAAGUGGUUCCCGAUAUGGUGGGUUUGGGAGUGAUGAAGCCUCAUAUGGUGGUUAUAGCGGAGGAGUGUAUGGGGACGGAGGCGGAUUUGGUGGAAGCACCGGAGGCUACGAAGACAGUGGAAGAAGAAGCAAUCGCUUCGAAGAAUAUGAUGAAGGCGAUGACGGUACUCCUGCUGCGCGUAAGCCAACCACGUCCUCCGCUGGCCCUACUCGGCGAGAAACGAAAAAGCCCGAACCGGCAAAGGAGCCGGAAGCCCUGUUUUCCUACAAUAGUGAAGAGCGUAUCUCAGACCCAUCAGUUUCUGAGCCACCAAAUGCGUUAUUCAGCGUCUACGAAAGCUCGUCUGCUAGCUCUCAAAAAAACAAGAUCGUCACCCAAAACAAUGGAGAUGAUGAUGACUUCGAUGAUUUCCAGUCUGCUCCCUCUUCUGCGCAAGCUGCGCCAUCCCAACCACAGUUUUCUUCUAUUCCUCCUCCAAACCUGGCCGCUACGACAACAUCGUCAGUCACACAAUAUGCCGCGCCAACGCCCGUAUCGGGUACACAGGGUCAAAACCUGAACGGCCUUGUUGGGUUUACCUCGCCAUCGCCAAGCAACGUUUCCGUCGCAUCUACCCAGUACCCAAGCCUUAACGGCGCCGGUAAAUCAGCUUCAAUGCAGCCACAACAAUCACCAAAGCCAGCAGGAUACCAAGCCAUACAACCAAACUACUUCACCUCCGUCCCAGCACCACAACAGCCAACCUCCCAAACCCAUGCCAAAACUCCACUCUCAUCCCUCACUCCUACCUUGUCCGGCACCACAAAGCCGGCCGCGAGUACACCCACAAAAGCUAGUGGAGAUGCAUUCGGUAGUCUAUGGACUACCGCGAGUACCAACGCUGGACUCAAGACAGCUACCUCGACACAGUCCAGGGGCCCUAAUCUCGCCAGUAUGGCAAAGGAGAAAACAAGUGCAAGCAUAUGGGGGGUACCUGCCACCCCUUCUGCUUCUAGCGCGAGCAUGGGAAGCGGCAAACCACCAGCUACGAAGCCACAGAGCAGCGGGAAUGAGUUGGAUGGUCUGUUUGGAUGAGAUAAUUUUUGGACAGAUCUGUUGAAAUGGGGGGCGAUUUGCGUUUGCUAGGGUGUGAAGAGGUACGGAGGAAGGAUGAAAAGGGAGGUGAAAUUUAUCUGGGGGUGUUUCAAACUAAACUGAUAUUGAACAGAUGUGCGUGGAUUUUUUGCUUUUUUCUUUUUUGAAUUUUAGUAGAGAGCGAACUGGCCUUACUUGAGCGGACAGAACCCUUACCUACCUCCCUACUUCCUUACCUGUUCUAUUCUGUUCUAUUCCAAUUUACUAAUUCAUAGUUGUCUUCGCUUUCUAUUCUAUGUUUCAAGCGGUGCCCAAUAUAACCAUGGAUGGAUAUAUCACUAACAUGAAUUUUAUUUGCCUUUCGACCAGCUUGUUUAAAAUAUUCCCCUACAAUUUGUCCGCUACUUAAACCUACAAGUUGUCAAGGCCAUUUAUUUAUUUUCCCUCGCACGAUCAUCAUUAUUUAAGGAGUUAGGUACCUCAAUUUUUUUUUUUUUUUUUUGGGGGGGGGGGGGGGGG